AUGACGAAUACAAGCCAAGAUGAUUCCGAACAUUUGUUGUUUAAAGAUAUUCCAUGGAUGCUUGUAUACAUCUGUGAGGCAUUUCUAAUUCUCGUUGGAAACCUCUUUACAAUUUAUAUUUUCUGGAGCAUUCGAAAACAACUGAAGCGAGCAAGCUAUCUGCUCAUCAAUCUUGCAGUUGCUGAUUUUUUUGUUGGAAUGGGAGUUGUUCUUUAUAUUGGAGCAGAUAUUGCAGUUCUGUUAGGAAAACAAAUUAGUUUGAUGUUAGUUGACGCAAUAAUAACAGUUGACGUCACUGCAACAGUUGCCUCGCUGUCAUCGUUGGUCUUAAUUUCUUUGGAAAGAAUGGUGGCGAUAUUGUGGCCAUUGCGUCAUAGGCUUUUGAAAACACGAUACUUUUACUUCUCCAUUGGUUUUGUUUGGCUUCUUUCGCUCACAAAUGUUAUUUCGCUAAACUUGCGUGUAGAUUCUGUUUCCUUAAAUGGCUAUGCCGACAGCAUUUAUACAUCCGUUACGUUCAUUGUCUCGGUUUUGGUCAUCACAGUUGCCUAUCUUGCUAUUUGGAUUUCAAUGCAACGCAGUAAAAUACCAAGCAAUGAUUGUAAGUCCAAAGAGAAAAAUAGAACGCUUGCAAAGACCCUUUUCAUAGUAACCGCUUUGUCAAUUAUUACCUGCCUGCCAUAUGGUAUCAUCAUU